CUUUUAUAAACUCGAAGUCGGUGAUCUUGCUGUGUGAAGACGUCUGUUUAUUUAUUUGAAGAACGUUUACGGUGUCCCGAAGAAAAUCAGCGAACAAAGUAUGCCAGGAGACAGACUGUCAAUCAGAGAUAACUUGGCUGUCGGCCGUUUCCACGGUGUUUCUGCGAGCAACAGUCAUGCCGUUCCAGAGAAACAAUCUGAGGUGAGGAAGAAGGAGAACGGAUGUAGCCGUUGGUUACGGGAGGCUUGUCCCGGUUGCCUCCGUCGACAGAGCAGCUCGGAUGAUGUCAUGGAUGAUGUGGUUGAGGGAGAGAAUGAGAUCCCAUCAACACCACUGCCCCUCACUGUUGACACAGAUGUGGACGACUUAUCUCUGAAGGUGUGUUCUGUGAAUCUGCUGAGCCAAAAAUCUCAGCAGAACAGGAAAGAGCAUCACACACACAAGUUCCACGGCGACCAGCUCAUCAUCCGCAGAGGCCUGGCCUUCCAGAUAGAGCUUGAACUGUCACGACCUUUCAACCCGAACACAGAUAAACUUCACCUGGAGUUGAGGACAGGUCCUCUUCCCCUGGUGUCAAAGGGCACGCACGUCAUCAUACCGUUGGUGGAGGAGCUACAAGAUGAGCGCUGGGAAGCCAAGAUUGUGGAGAAGAACGCCUCUCGAGUCAAGCUGUCCAUCAACUCCUCUGCCACCGCUGUUAUCGGAAAGUACAAGCUGAGCAUCACAACACAGUACCUGAAGAGUGGCCAGACGAGCAUGCACGACCAUGAUGAAGAUAUUUACAUGCUCUUCAAUCCCUGGUGUGAAGAGGAUGCGGUUUACAUGGAGAGUGAGAAGGAAUUGAAAGAAUACGUUUCAAAUGACACUGGAAGAAUUUACUACGGCACUGAGUUCCAGAUUGGAGCCCGGACGUGGAACUUCGGGCAGUUUGAUGAAGGUAUUCUGGAGGCCUGUCUGUAUGUGCUUGAGAACAGCGAGGUUCCUCCAACAGGCAGAGGAGAUCCCAUCAAUGUGGUCCGAGUCAUUUCCGCCAUGAUCAACUCUCCAGACGAUCGCGGCGUUCUGGAGGGAAACUGGUCUGGGAAUUACACGGGUGGUACUUCUCCCACUGCUUGGAGUGGCAGUGUGGAUAUUCUCAGGAGUUACCACAAAGAAGGCGGAACGCCCGUCAAAUACGGGCAAUGUUGGGUGUUCUCCGGGGUCACAACGACAGUUCUGAGAUGUUUAGGUAUUCCUACACGUUCCAUAACAAAUUUCCAGUCUGCCCAUGAUACAGACGUCUCUAUGACAACGGAUGUAUAUUUCGAUGAGAAUAUGGACUCCAUCGAUCGCCUCAACACUGACUCUGUGUGGAAUUUCCAUGUUUGGAAUGACUGCUGGAUGGCCCGUCCGGAUUUGCCCCCCGGUAUGGGCGGUUGGCAGGCUGUGGAUUCAACACCUCAGGAAACCAGUCAGGGAACGUAUCGCUGCGGCCCGGUGUCGCUCGCCGCUGUGCGCUCGGGACAGGUCUAUCUCAAAUACGACGCACCUUUCGUCUUCGCUGAGGUGAACAGCGAUAAGAUCUACUGGCAGAGGAGCCUGGACGGCACCUUCAGUCAGAUCCACAUCGAGAAGAAUGCGGUGGGUCAUUGCAUCAGCACCAAGGCUGUGGGUUCGGAUGAGCGAUCAGACAUCACCCAUGAUUACAAACACCCUGAGGGCUCGGAGGAGGAGCGUAUCGCUGUGGAGACUGCCUGUCGCUAUGGCAGCAAACCGGAUAUGUACUCCAGUCCCGCUGCUGAAGAUGUGCAUGUGGAGGUGAGGAUGGUGGGAGAUGGUCCACGCAUGGGAGGAGACGCCCACCUGAAUAUUGUAGUGCGGAACCUGAGCUCUCAGCCCCGCAAAGCCAACCUCCACAGCCAGGUGGCGGUCAUGUACUACACCGGUGUCUUGAAGGAAACUAUGAAGAAGGACAAACUACCUGUGGAGCUCAUGCCACAUGAAGAAAAGGUUAUUGACUGGAUCCUGCCAUACGAACAGUAUCAGAACCAGCUGGUGGACCAGGCGGCACUCAUGCUGACCCUGUCUGGGAGGGUUACUGAGACCCAGCAGGUUUUGGCCAAUCAGACCAGCUUUAGACUCCAGACACCUGAUAUUAAGAUUGAGCCUGUGGGAGAGGCUUAUGUUGGCAAAGAAGCGUCAGCAAAGAUCACAUUCACAAACCCUUUGCCAUGUACCCUACGCAAUGUGGUGGUGCGAGUGGAGGGGCUCGGACUGAGAGACCUCCAUCCCAUCAAAGUGGGUGAUGUUGGCAAACAUGCCAAUGUGACGGUGACUGAACACUUCCUCCCGACUAUACCCGGUGCGAGGAAGCUGGUGGCGUCACUGGACUGCAGACAGCUCAGUCAGGUGCAUGGUGUGGCUGACAUCAUGGUUCAUGAAAACUAGUGAAUUCAGUUCACUGAGUCUGUGUUCCUUCACAGUGUUAUUUCUGUUGCAGCAGAUACUGCCCUUUUACUGUCAUCACUGUUUCAAUGUGCAUUAUACUGAGCUAAAAUGUUGUUUCUUUAAAUAUACAAAACAUUUUCAAGAAAUAACUUAUACACACAUUUUUAAAACAAUUGCCACUGAUGUGAAUGAAGUACAAUGGGCUCCAAAACUUGAGACCAUGUGUUUAAAUGAUGGAUUUCUUGAUUUAGAGAUGCAAAAUAUAAAAAAGGCAAAAGAUAAUUUUCAUUUCGACUCAAUAUAAAAGAUUCUCACAAUUAUUGUUAUUAUGGAACUUUUGACAAAAUAUUUUAACUGAAAUUCUAAAAGAAUGCAAAAAAGAAAUAAAUUUCACUUAUGGUCUUAAGUUUUAUAGACCCUGAUGAAUUUAUCUUGAAGCAUAUACAUUUUUAUUUUGGUUUAUGUUUAUGUUAAACAUAUGUUUGCAUAGCCUUAUAUAUUAACUGCUUGUUAGUUUUAAUUUGUAUGUCUAUGUUCAGUUUAUUGUCCUCAUUACGUGUAGUAGUUGGCAAUCGUUACACCACAGAAGAAAUGGUAUUCACAUAUGAUAAUUAUUUUUUUAUAUGUAUGCACUGACUGUAAAUCUAACAAUCAUAGAAAUGCUAACUGAAAGUAUAUUUCUGGUGCCAAACACACAUGCCGAUGCAUUUCAAGUAAUUCUAUUACCUUAUAUUGCAUGUUGUUCAUGAAAAUGUAUGAUUUAGGCAUUUUGGCAGAUUAGUUUUAAGUUUGUUCGUAUGGAUCACAUUGACGCUGUAAGAAGUGGACUUUGAAACACCAUAAUCAGCACUAAACUAUGAAGAACUCUUCAUGUAAUAUUAAUAUUUUAUGAUUAAAUAUUUUAUAUUCCGUAUGUUUACAUUAUUUAACUAUGUAAUACAUUUUAUGAAUCAUUUUGAA